AUGUGGGCCACAGAGUCCGAGCAGUGGUCGGGGCUGCCGCAGCGUGAACAGGACAAAGCAGAACGCAGUGCCGUGUGUGGAGUGCUCGUGCGGCCCAGGCACAAAAGCCUGUACUUGGAUGAGGUGUACUUCCCCACUGAGUGGCCUUGGCUGAUGACUCCACCUUGCAGUAUCUGUUCCCUCGCGCCUGGCGUGGAGAUGACAGACAUGGUACAGGGAGGUCGGUAUAGCAGCUGGAGAGAACUGGCCAAAGCGCUAUCCAAUAGAAACAUCCCAGCCGUGGACCCCCAUCUCCAGUUCUACCGCUCGCAGAAGCUGAGCCUCAAGGACCAGGAAGCUGACCGAGGAAGGAGCAGUAACAGCAGCUACUUGAAGUGGAACCAGCCUGUUCCCUGGCUCUCAGAGUUCCAGGGUCAUGCUAACUUGCAUGUGUUUGAAGAUUGGUGUGGCAGCUCCAUCCAGCAGCUCCGGAGGAACCUCCACUUCCCACUGUAUCCUCAUAUCCGCACAACACUGAGGAAGCUGGCUGUGUCCCCCAAAUGGACCAACUACGGCCUCCGCAUCUUUGGCUACCUGCACCCCUUCACCGAUGGGAAGGUCCAGUUUGCCAUUGCCGCCGAUGACAAUGCCGAAUUCUGGCUGAGCCACGACGACCAGGUCGCGGGCCUUCAGCUGCUGGCCAGUGUCGGCAAGACUGGAAAGGAGUGGACUGCCCCAGGAGAGUUUGGAAAAUUUAGGAGUCAGAUUUCGAAGCCAGUGAGUCUGUCAGCCGCCCGCAGGUACUACUUCGAGGUCCUGCACAAGCAGAAUGACGAAGGCACCGAUCACGUGGAAGUGGCAUGGCGGCGGAAUGAGCCUGGAGCCAAGUUCACCAUCAUCGACUCAGCUGCCUUGUCCCUCUUCACGAAUGAGACAAUCCUAAGGAUGGAUGAGGUGGGCCACAUCCCACAGACAGCCGCCAGCCACUCGGGCUCCCCAGACUCUGUACCCAGGGACGAGCAGUCCCCUGCUGACAUGCUGAGGCCUGACCCUCGCGACUCCCUCUUUCAAGUGCCUCUGAUCCCCAAGUCCCAUCUCCGCCACGUCCUGCCCGACUGCCCCUACAAGCCCAGCUACCUGGUGGAUGGGCUCCCUCUGCAGCGCUACCAGGGCCUCCGCUUUGUCCAUCUGUCCUUUGUUUACCCCAAUGACUACACCCGCCUGAGCCACAUGGAGACCCAUAAUAAAUGCUUCUACCAGGAAAGCAGCUACUACCAGGACAGGUUCAGCUUUCAGGAGUACAUCAAGAUUGACCAACCUGAGAGCCAAGGGCCCGAGCAGCCAGGUUCUGAAGAGGGCCUUGAAGACGCACAGUAUGGCGAUGCCCUGGAGAAGACUCCGGCUCGUGGUGACAAGGGGAACCGCAGGCUGCCUGCCUCAACCCCUGGGCAGGAUGUCAAUCACCUCCGCAGCCUGCGGCGGCUCCUGGCUCAGCCCGUGGAAAGCCUGUUGGUACCCUUGGCCAGGCAGAACUCCACGGCUUCCUCCCCAGUGAAGACCAGUGACGUCCCAGCCCAGCAAGCAAAGGCGGCAGCGAGAAAGCCCAGCCCCAGGCCUGGCCAGAACUCUCACCUUGGUGAUCCGUGGCUCCCUGAGCGCCCGGCAGGGAGCCUGCUACGAGUUAAGAGUGCCAGGCCCACUGGGGACGGCCCCAGGAAGACCCUAGAACAGUCCCAGUGGCUAAAUCAAGUGGAGUCCUUCAUUGCAGAGCAGAGGAGGGGAGACCUGAUGGAGCCUCAGGUCCCCAGGAGGGAUUGGCAUGGCGGGGAGGAGGAGUUGGUAGUGGCCGCCGCAGGCCAGGAAACCCAAGUGGAAGGAGAGGAAGAGGGGGAAGAAGAAGAGGAGGAGGAAUUGGAUAUGAGCGAGGUGUUCGAAUACGUGCCUGUGUUUGACCCAGUAGUAAACUGGGACCAGACCUUUAGUGCCCGCAACCUUGACUUCCAAGCCCUGCGGACCGACUGGAUUGACCUGAACUGUAACACGUCUGGCAACCUGCUGCUUCCUGAGCAGGAGGCUCUCGAAGUCACACGGGUCUUCUUGAAGAAGCUCAACCAGAGGACCCGGGGGAGGUACCAGCUCCAGCGCAUCGUGAACGUGGAGAAGCGGCAGGACCACCUUCGGGGGGGCCGCUACCUCCUGGAACUUGAGCUGCUGGAACAAGGCCAGCGCCUGGUUCGGCUCUCUGAGUAUGUGUCUACACGAGGCUGGCAGGGCAUCGAUCCGGCUGGCAGGGAGGAACUUGAGGUCCGGAACCUGCGAGGCCUGGUCUGGGGCCCACACAACCACCGGAGACACAUCCUGAAUGCCCAGACGCCUGAGCCCAAGCUGUGCUGGCCUUUGGGCUUCUCCUGGAAUCACCGAGCUGUGGUCCACUUCAUCGUGCCCGUGAAGAACCAGGCGCGCUGGGUGCAGCAGUUCAUCAGGGACAUGGAGACGCUGUUCCAGGUCACCGGAGACCCACACUUCAAUAUCGUCAUCACCGACUACAGCAGCGAGGACAUGGAUGUGGAGAAGGCACUGAAGAGGUCCAAGCUGCGCAGCUACCAGUACAUGAAGCUCAGUGGGAACUUUGAGCGCUCAGCUGGGCUGCAGGCUGGCAUUGACCUGGUGAAGGACGCACACAGCAUCAUCUUCCUCUGUGACCUCCACAUCCACUUUCCAGCCGGAGUUGUUGAUGCCAUCCGGAAGCACUGCGUGGAGGGCAAGAUGGCUUUUGCCCCCAUGGUGAUGAGGCUGCACUGUGGAGCCACCCCCCAGUGGCCAGAGGGCUACUGGGAGGUGAACGGAUUCGGACUGCUCGGCAUCUACAAGUCAGACCUGGACAGGAUCGGGGGCAUGAACACCAAGGAGUUUCGAGACCGCUGGGGCGGGGAGGACUGGGAGCUGCUGGACAGGAUCCUCCAAGCAGGCCUGGAAGUGGAACGUCUGUCCCUCAGGAAUUUCUUCCAUCACUUCCACUCGAAGCGAGGCAUGUGGAACCGCCGCCAGAUGAGGACAUCGUAGCCCCCGCCCGUGGCCCGCUGGACCAACCACUUCCUGCUCCUUGGCUCGGUGCUGCAGUUGCUCCCCCGGGUCCCGGCUCUCUGCUGGCGAAGGAUGGACGGACAGACAGGAAAAGGGCAAAGGCUUCCCCUGGGAAGCCUCAGAGCUAAGACACUCCACGGGCGGGGGGCUGUCCCCUCACUCAGAGAGAGCUGUCACCAUCCCCUUCUCCAGGGGGGCCUCUGGAGGGGAGGGCUUUGGGAGAGGGGCCGGGGGAGGGGGCUGCCACAGCCGACAGAGAUGGAUCAGCUCCUGACAAAGACAGGACAAGGAGGUGGAGGGAGGAAAAAGCACUGGAGCGAGACCACGUUAUCCACGAGGUUGCCUCCCAGGGCGCCUCACAAGGACUCUAGACCAUGGACUGGAAACUUCUUUUGGACAUGUUUUAUGGGGAAUUUUUUUUUUUUACUGAAAACCCAAAAACUGUAGCUGCCCAGUCCCUCUCACACCUAGCAGUGGCUGCAGCUGGAGCAGUGCGUCCAGACAGAACCCCGCGUGCAUACCUCAGACGCACCCCUGUGUGGCGGGCUGGCCCCACGGGUAGUGGGGCUCACUUCUCCCCAUGCCCGUGCCUUCCAGAAUCUCACACACACACACACACACACACCACUCCUCUCCCAGGGAGUCACAGAAACUCCCCUGACCCUCCAGGCGGAGCUCACGCCACAUGGACCAGAAUCACAGAACAUGACAUCAUCUAUCUAGUGCGACAGGGGCAUUGGGAGGAGGGGAGGGUGGACAGCUGGCCGGGCUCUUCCUCCACCCACGUGUGGCACACAGGACUCGACUGUGGAAAGGGCAGAGCAAAGCAGCAGGGGAGGGGCGCCCCUCUCCUCUCAUAGCUUGCCUGUGAGGUUCAGCCUCACGGGACAACGUGAAGAUGAGGGAGCACCGAUGUAGGGGUCCUUCCAUUCACUGGCUCCCUUCAGAUGAGGCGAGGGGCAGCGGCAGACAGGAAGGAUGGAAAGGCAUGUGGGAAACAUGUAGCAGUCUUCCGCUGCCCAGCACCCACCCCUGUGGACUUGCCCUCCUGCCUGGGCUGGCUGCUGUUGAGAGGAAUGUACUGCACCUGUGCCUUGAGGGGAGAAGAAGAAACAUUUGGGUGGUGCCGUGAGCCAGGCGGCAGGGCGGGGAGGGGCAAGCUGAGAAGGUUGGGGAGGUGUGGGCAUCUCCAAGUGGAAGGGAGAAGGGGACAAGACAAGAGGACAUGAGGAGAGAAGCCAUUUCAGGGAAAGGAAAAAAAAAAACCCUUGACCUUCAUAGUCUACUGCCACCUCCCCUCUCCUCACUACCCCACCUGGUGACCACACACUUAUCUUGCACUAACUAUCCCCAGGUGCCUUUGUGGCUGGGGACUUUUCUACUGCUGCGCUGCUGCCUCUAUUGCUGCUGAAUUCACCAAUGGUGCACUGGAUGCUGGGGCUUGAACUCCAGGGUCUGUUCAGUGGGGUGAGCUCAGGGCCUCUGCUGUGCAGGAUGGUGAGGGGCAGCAGGGCCAUUAGAUAGUGAGCAGCGCGCCAUCCUGUGAUAACCCAAUGCACAGCAUUCGGAGCAUCAGGGUCUACCGGGCUCCACACCCACCAAGAGCUUAAUCACCUUGGCGGAAGGAAGAACGGAGCUGCGUGAGCACCUUCUGUGGGAGAAACCCUGUCUCCCUCUCAGGAGUCAGGACUAGGUAUGGCUUACAGAUGCCAGGCUGGACCCCUGGGCCCUGGCUUUUUAUGAUCUCUACUCGGGCUCGUUGCCUUCUAGAAGGGGCUUAAGGGCAGUAGGAGGUGAGCCACCUGGUGGGACCCAGGUUUCCUUGUGGGGGCACUUUCAUCUUGGGGCAUUGCAGCAGCAUCGGCAAGCCUGCAACAGCCCAAAGAGCCCCCUCACCUGCUGAUGAGCCAGCCCAGCCUGCCCUCUGCCCUGCCCACCCAUUGCCCCUCUGUCCCUGGGCCAGUGCCUUGUGUUUGAUGUUUGUUAUCUCUGCACCAUCUGCCUUAAAGGGAUGGGCCUGCCUGGGCCUCCACUCUGUAGGGAAAAAGC